UGUUCUCGCAUAGAAGGCCUUUGCGGUCUGGUGUAAAUGUUUAACACCAUGCGUACCCCCCCUCCGUACCUUCUUAUAUAGCGGACUAAGAACGUGGAUGCUCUUGACACUGACCCAACAGGAUGGUGGAACUACAAGGCAUUACAUACAAUGGAUGGUAGUCAUUGGGUCACACCUGUUACGCAUAUAUUACCAAAGCGAUGGUUGAUAAACACAGGUGAUGCUGAUUGAGUGCAGGCUGUGCCUGGUAAACUCAGACAACAUUAAUCAACAUAUUAUUGACAGUACAUUCGUAAAGACUGAUCGACGAUGAAUAGUUAUGACCUCGCCAUAUGACUGCAGAUUGUAUAAUAUGCGGGGAUUUAAACAGAUUGGACGGGAAGACCUGUUUGCUAUAAACAUCAACCAUGGAUGAGAAGGUACUGAAGAAGAUGGAUGAGCUGGAGCGAUAUGAGAAGGUAGUAAAGCACCUUGGAGAACGGUACGACCAAUCGAAGGGGGUGUCGCCCCUCUUCCGGUAUGGGCAGCUCAAAUCUAUGAUCAAGGCAGCCAUUUUGAAAAUGUCGAAAGAUAACGAAGAUGACAGUGACGGCGAGGAUCAGGAAACAUCCAAGCCAGAUCUGAAACAAAUGUCCAACACACGUCUGACUGAAGACUUCAUACAGAAGAGGCGCCAGGUUAAGGCUAUCCUGAAGUUGAAGGACGAGUACGCUGCAUCCAAGAGACUCGGUGCCUUUGUGAGGUACGGGGAGCUCAAGUCGAUGAUCAAACGCGUUACCAGGGAUACACAGGGUGGGCCAGGAACCGCUGGGAGGUGAUAGCAGGGGGUUAAAGUGGAGACGAGGCACGAGAGAAUGUGUAUACAUAACCAAUGUGAGAUUACUCAACAGUAAAAUCUUGCCAAAUACAACAGAAAUAUUUCAGAGACCUUGUCAACUGUGCUGAGGCUAUCCUAUGUGAGCCGUCUUUUCGGUUUAUGCUUUAAAACGAACGAUAUGCUCUAAAGGAAAACAAGGAAAGAAAUAUUUAUCCAGGGAAGGUAUAUGUCUAGUAUUAAGAUUGAGUGAGUGUGAGUUAGUGUGAGUUAGAGAGUCGGAAUCGAAUCGGGUCCACGAAUGCGAAAUAACUAGGGGUUUCCGCCGUCCCUCCAAAACAAUUGUCUUUGAUAAUUCCAUAACACUAGAACUAAGCUGGGUACUGGUGAAAACAGUCAGCAAUUAACCAAGCUCCUUCGGAUGCAUUGGAUGAUAGUGAAAACUGUCACAGCGGAUAAAACAGGCCAAGGCAGGCUUCGUUGACGCUAACAGGUUGUAUUGAGUAAGUGAGGUGGGUUUAACGACGCUUGGAACAGUAUUUCAGGUAUAUCACAGUAUGACAUUAAAUUGGGAGCAAAGGCCGCGAGCACGGGUAAGGUGCUGAUAAGCUGAGCAUGAUAGUCAGGGCGCAGAUGGGUUUCCAACACUCAAAUCGUAGGAUUUUGGUACGUCUUACCAGUACUCAUAAAAGAUAAGUGCAAAACAAUACCAGGACUGUGUGUAGUAAGUUGCGUGUAACAACUUCCGAAACGUGCCACUUGCCGAUCUGUCUAAUGAUGCCUGCAAUAUGAGAAUUAGUGUUAUACGAUUAUUUCGCUUUCCGCACUUGGGGCGUGGUUUAAAAUGUUUAAGCAUCACUAUUAUAACUAUUAUCAUGAUCACAAUUCCCACCGUUGCCAUCAAAAUCAUUGCCUCCAUUGUCGCCAUUGGUAUUUUAUUUGUUCUCAGUACGAGGAAUGUUAAAAGUAUGUUCGAAAUAUCAUGAUUUUUUGUCGUUAUUUUGCAACUGUUAUUGACCAUGUAUUUAUGUAUGUUAUUCUCACGCCUAUAUCAUAUUCAUAUUGAUUGUAGGAUAUACGUGUUUCUAUGUUGAAUAAAGUUUCUGAUCUGAACAGUUUCAGCGAUGUGAAUACUGGCAAAUCUUUUUGAUAAACUAUGUUAAUUAUUAUUAUGUUGGCCUAUGUGUGUAUCCGUUUUGACAUGCAAUAAACAUAUAAAAUAAAA